AUGGGGGUUGCGAAGGAAGCGGGGGGGGAUGACGAGAGAAGCGAGGAAGAAGAGGAAGAGGAGGAGGAAGAGGAGGAGGAGGAGGAGGAGGAAAUCAUGGUUAGUUUCGAGUAUCACUGCCGCCGGGAGAAGCGGGGAGGGUCGCGGAAGGAUAGUGGGCUUGAUGAAACGAGUGGAAACGGGCAAGACGACAGCACGGAUGACGAAGGGGAAGGGGAAGAUGAAGGGGAGGACGAGGGCAUGGAACCAGGGGACGAUGAGCAACGCGCUGCCGGCGCGCUUAGCGAGGGAGCGCCGUCACGGUCCGACAGGCCAGCUUCGGAACCGGGCGUUUCGGACCCCGCGCCUCCCGGCGACAGCAAGAUUCUGGGCGGAGCAGCAGCAGCGGAAGGAAGGCACGCGUUUGCACCGCCGUACGGUCAUUCCUUGUCAGACACUUCCAAAUUUCUCCCUCUCCAGUCGCCUCUCGACCCCUCUGAUGCGCGCUGCGGUCUCUUCUCCUCCGCAUCCAUGGCGUCGGGCGCGGCGCGGUACCAUCGUCGCAAGUCCUUCUCAUUCCUGUCCGGCGCCGCGCUCAGCGCCAACGCCACGCUCGCCAACUCGUUCCUGUGCGCCAACACCGCGCGGGGGAUCCUGGGGGACAUAGACUCCCCCAAGAACUUCCGCCGAAUCGACUGUAACACGUCCACUCACUCCGGCAUCCCCGCGUGCUGUGCACCCGCGUGCCCGCUCUCCUCCUCCUCCGCCUCCUCCUCCAUGUCCUCCAACCCUCUCUCCUACCGCUCCCCUUCCUCCGCCUCCACCACGCCCUCCUCCGCCUCCGCCGCUUCUUCCGCGUCCCCCACGUCCGGCGCGAGCCUAUGGUCUUCCAUGCUUUCCGCGGGCGGCGGAAGCACCGGCGGAGAGCCGAUUUUCCCCGCGGAGAACAGCAGCUCUGCGCCCGGGUCGCUGGGGCAGAGCUUUCUGCAGGCGACGGACGUGCAGGUGGCGGGCGGGGCGGCGGGCGAGGACCGCGUGCAGGCCGUGUGCUCCGAGGCCAACGGGUGGGUGUUCUGCGGCGUGUACGACGGGUUCAACGGGCGCGACGCCGCGGAUUUCCUGGCCGUGAACCUGUACGAGAGCGUGGGCAUGCACCUCCGGCUGCUGCACUGGCAGGAGCAGCACGCGGCGCAGCAAGAGGCGCAGCAGAAGCAAAGGCAGCGGCAGCACCACCACCACCACCAGAAGCAGCAUCUCUGGCACAUGCUCCCUCCUCCCCCGCCUGUCUCCUUCCUCCCCGCCUCGCCUUCCGCCGCCGUGCCUCCGCCGUCGCUGCUGCGCACGGCGAACCCGAGUCUGAGCCAGAGCAUGCCGUCGCUGCCCACCGUGUGCGAGGAGGCGUCCUCCGCGCUCUCGCCCCUCACCUCCGCGCUGCGCGCCAUCCCCACCGCCGACGGGGGGGCAGGCGGAAGCGGUGGCGAGGGGGACAAUGGGAGGGGGGCAGCACAGGUCGGCGCGCAAAGGGUUGACGGAGAGGGUGCAGCAGGGGCGACAGCAGGGGCGGUAGCAGGGGCGGACGAGGUGAUCGAGGCGCAAAGUAUGGGUGUGGCGGAGGGGGAUGGCGUGGGCGACAGAGGGAUAGGGUCGGAGAGUGCUGGUGGCAUGUGUUGUGACGAGUCUAGCAGUGGACGGAGUAGGGGUAGUAACGGCCCGGAAAGCGCAGCCGAUUGUAACGAUUCAACUCGCUCCUCGUUGUCAGCACAAGCGAACGAUCCGUGGCAGCCAGCAGCAGCGGCAGCAGCCGUAGAAGCAGCAACGGUAGAAGCACCGGCAGCAGAAGCAGCAGCAGCAGCAGCAGCAGCAGCAGCAGCAGCAGCAGCAGCAGCGUCGGUGUGCUCACCGUCCGGGCCUGGUUCUUGCGCCUCCUUCUCGCCCUCUUCACCGAUCCCUGCUCCCCCCGCCCCCUCUGUCAACGGCACGGACUCACCCGACGCCGCAUCCUCCAAAACGACCGCCACAAGCGCGGCAGCAGCGAGCGCGGCAGCGACGGCGGAGUUCCAGCGCGCAGUGCUGCGGUGCCUGCAGCGCGCCCUGGCGCACACAGAGCGCGACUUCCUGCGCAUGGUGGAGGCGGAGAUGGAGGAGCGCCCCGACCUGGCCAUGGUGGGGUCGUGCGUGCUGCUCGUGCUGCUGCACGGCCGCCACCUCUUCACGCUCAACCUCGGCGACAGCCGCGCGCUGCUCGCCACGUGGGCCGCGCCGGGGGAGGGCGCGUCCGUGAGCAUGGGCGCCGCGGACGGUAGCGACGCGGACAGGGAGGGGCCGGGCGAAUGGGUGGGGGGGGUGGGCGAUGGGGCGUGUGGUGGAGGAGGGCAAGGCUUCGAAGGCGCGAAUGGCGACGCGCUUGCUGGCGAAGGGGUGGGCGGGAAGGGUGAGAAGGGGCGGAGUGGUUUGGAGGGGUUGAGAGUGGUGGUGCUGUCGGAGCAGCACUGUGUGGACUACGAGCCGGAGAGGCGGCGUGUGGUGGCGGAGCAUCCGCUGGACGCGAGCGCCGUGGUGGGCAGGCGCGUCAAGGGCAAGCUGCGCGUCACCCGCGCCUUUGGCGCCGGGUACCUCAAAAGCGAGCGGCUGAACAACAAGCUGAUGGGCAUCUUCCGGGUGCGUGACCUGGCGUCGCCCCCAUACGUGUCCAGCGUGCCCUUUGCCACGGCGCGGCGCCUGUGUGCGCGCGACUGGUUCGUGGUGGCGGGCAGUGACGGGCUGUUUGACUUCUUCAGCAACGACGAGGUGGUGCAGCACGUGGCCGCCUUCCUGCUCGCCCACCCCCACGGCGACCCCGCCAAGCACAUGCUCGAACAGCUGCUGCUGCGCGCCGCCAAGCAGGCUGGUAACCCCGUGCCAUGGCAUGAGCACACACCGCCAGCACCCUCCUCUCGUCCCUUUCCCCCUCUCGCUGCUUACCCCCCCGUUUCCCCCCAUCCCGGCAUGGUGGGUGGAUGUGUGUGCGUGGCAGGGCUGGGAGUGGAGGAGCUGCGCAACAUCCCAUCGGGGCGGCGCCGCAAGUACCACGAUGAUGUCACCGUGGUCAUCACCCUGCUGGGGCCUGCUGCCCGCACCUCCUCCGCCUCCACCCUGCACUGA